GCACUCGGGUCGGUGAGCACCAAAACCCGCGUGGAUCCGUCGAGUUGAUAUUUUAUCUGCGCGCGAGUAUCGCUUCGGACCGCGGGUCGAGUGCACGCCUCUGUGAUCUUUCGCCUUCGGUCAGCUCGAGAAAAAUUGGACUUUUUCACAAUGAAUUAAGGUUUCACGAGUGGGCGUCUCUCCCGUAAGCACCAAAACAACGAAAGGGCACCAUGGCCAACGCAGGCCCGCCGGGUCCGGCCAAGAAGCGACGCGAGUCCGACUGCUGCAGCGUCGGCUUUCUUAAAAAUGUCAUGCACAUCUACAACGUGGUUUUCAUUAUCGCAGGGCUGAUUGUGUUAGGCGUGGGCGUGUGGAGCGUUGUGGCCAAACACCAGUUUGUAGCCCUUUUGGCCACUUCCACCUACGCCCUCACCGCCUACACGCUGCUGCUGGCUGGGGGUCUGGUCGUCGUUGCCGGCGUCGCUGGCUGUGUGGCUCUGUGUCAGGAGAACAGGUGCCUCCUUCUUGUGUACAUAUUCACUCUUCUGCUGAUCUUCCUCCUGGAGGCGAUGGUGGGCAUUUUGGCCUACAUCUACGAGGGCCAUGUGCAGAAUGAACUCAGCGUCAGCCUGAACGAGACCUUCACUGACGGCUACCAAAUCAACCCCGAGGUCACCAAGGCCAUAGAUCAGCUGCAGCUCGAGUUUAAAUGCUGCGGAGCCGUGAGGUUUGAAGAUUGGAAGUUUUCGCGCUGGCUGAAGGAAAACCCGAGCGUGAAAAAUUUGGUGCCCGACUCGUGUUGCAUCAGCAGGAUUGAAAAUUGCGGAGUUCGAGACCACCCUAGCAACAUCUACUACAAUGGCUGCAUUUACCGAUUGGCAAACGAAAUGAGCGAACACCUCAACAUCCUCGGCGGAGUUGGUCUCGGGUUUAGUGUGGUGCAAAUUUUUGGCCUGGUGCUGGCCUGCAGUCUCUACAUCAGACUCAAGGACCCGCCGAGACAAUCGCAAACAAACAACACGGGAACCACCAGCAGAACCUGAAAGUGUCCCUUGGAAGAAAAUCUGUUCCUAAAAUUAACUACUUUUAUUUGUGUGUACCGUGGGUGAGCAAAACAAUAAUUAACCGCGCCACCUCUGAUUUAACUUUAGUCGGAGAAUUACUGUAAAUAUUUCAGGCAUUUUAAUUUAUUUAUUGUAUAACGUAAUUUAUUAUUAAUAAUUUUUUUUCAUUAAACAAAAUUUUCAUUCAUGUGUUUUACAAAAAAAAAUUGUUCUUGGUCACUAUAUAUCAUUAAAAUGUACAGCUUGAGGGGCGAAUAUCAAUGCAAAAUGUAAGAUGUGUAAAUGAGAAUUGAAAAAAAACAAUUUAAAAUAAUUAAUUGUCAUGCACAAUUUAGGAUGUGAGACUAGAAGUAAAAAAAUAACGUUCAAAAUUGAAAUUUAUUAAAAAAAAAGUAAAUUGUAACUUAAUUAACAGAUUGAACAUUUAUUUCAGCACAUGUUACUCAUGUCUUUAGUUUUCUUCAACAUUUUGAGCAUCUCAUUCAGAUCUCAUUGUACUUUUCUUCUCUGACAAUGAGAGGAUUGAAGUUUUUGCGCUGGCUGAAGGAAAACUUUUGAAUGUGACAAAUUUGAUGCUGCAUCUAGAUGAGAUUAAAAAUUGCCGAGAUAGAGAACACCCAAGCAACAUCUGCAACAUACAACAACAAAAUCGCUGAUGAAUCUAAAGAAAAAUUAAAAUAAAUUUGAGAUUUAAACCAGCAGGGUCGUAUUUGCAUUUACCAAUUGGCAAACGAAAUGAGCAACCACCUCAACUUCCACUGCAGCAGAGGCGGUCAGUGGUCAUGAAGUAGGUGUAUGUGUUCAGCGUUCAGCCCGAAAUAAAAAAGGGGUGUGGCAUUU